GUAACGUUUGAAAAGAUGACAAACCGUGAUUACCCGGGAACUACAUAUUACACAAUACGUAACGUUUCCCUAUACGAGUGUCUCGGCUGGUGUCGCGAUGAGGUCGACUGUACGGCCGCAUCGUUCAGCUUUGUGGUCAACCCGUUGGCACCGAUUCAGGAGACGUCGUGUUUGCUACAAAACGAUACACAGGCCAAAAAGCCGACCACUACCGGUGCUGGUGGUAGUGCCAGUGCUGCGGCCAAUGCAGGUGCGGGCGGUUCGGGCAGCUCGCCAGGUGGUACACCGCAAAAGGCUAUUAAUAUGUAUUAUUUUACGAAAACACAACUCAGAUCAGAAAAUGUAUGCAACCGUUUGUGGGCCUUCGAGCGCUUCCCCAAUCGUGUGCUCCGGGGUCUCGAUAAUGCCAUCAUCUAUACAUCAAACAAGGAGGCCUGUCAGGCCGCCUGUCUCAAUGAGGUGCGUUUUGUCUGCCGAUCGGUUGAGUUUAAUUAUGUGACACUACAGUGUCAUCUCAGUGAAUAUGACCGACGAAGUCCCGGUGCCUUUCCUGUAGAUCUGGUCGAGAGCCAGGGCGUCGACUAUUUUGAAAAUGCGUGCCUUCAAUCUGAGGAUAUAUGUCAAGAUCAACGCGCCUAUGAUUAUGCAAAGUUGGGACUGCCGUUAACUAAAGUGGCCCAUUAUGUUGAACUAAACUACUAUCCCGACAAAGAGCUAUUGGUGAAGUCACAGGGCGGUUGUCUGAGGGCCUGUACCAUUGAAAAUGAAUUUAUCUGUCGAUCGGUACUCUAUAGGCCAAGCUAUAAGCCUGGCCAACCCAACUGUGCACUGUUUCAUUUGGACCACAAAACGUUUCCGGAUGGCGCCGACACAUACGCGACUCCCAGUCCAUUACCGUUACUCGAUAGCGGAGAGACCACUGCUGUCUAUCUAGAAACUAGUUGUACCAAUGACACAUCAACACCGGUACUUAGCCAGCAAACAGCUGCCGCUUCUAAUGGCAAACCAUCGAUAAUACCGGCAUCCACUCAAUCGCCGCCGAUGUCGCCGACCAUAGCCAUGACAACACCGGUCAGAGACGAUCCGAAUCCGGAACCGUCGUGCGAUUCGUACGGCGUCUGCUACGAGGUAUCAUUGAAGUGUACCGACACCCGUAUUGUGGUAAACGUGCGGACCAGUCGUCCAUUUCAUGGGCGCAUCUAUGCGUUGGGCCGGAGCGAGACAUGCAAUUCGCAUAUUAGAAACAGCCAACAGUUCCAAUUAGACAUGUCUUUGGGCGGUCAGGAUUGCAAUACACAGUCGCUGGCUGGCGUCUACACCAAUACGGUUGUCCUACAACACCAUAACGUUGUGCUGACCAAAGCCGAUAAAGUCUAUCACGUGCGCUGCACGUACGAGACCACCUCCCGUAACGUAUCGUUCGGAAUGAUGCCAGUCAGGGAUCCCGACACCUUACAGAUAACAUCGUCACCAGAGGCACCAUUGCCCAAGAUUGUCAUAUUUGGUACCGACGGCCGAGAGGCCAGUACUGUACGUAUUGGCGACCGAUUAUCGUUUCGUAUCGAAAUUCCCGAAACUACACCCUACGGUAUAUUUGCCCGAAGCUGUGUGGCAAUGGCCAAGGAUGCCCGAAGCACUUUCGAGAUAAUCGAUGAACACGGAUGUCCAGUGGAUAACUCAAUAUUCCCGUCCUUUUUACAAGUGGGCAACGCUUUGGAAAGCAGUUACGAGGCGUUCCGGUUCACUGAAUCAUACGGUGUGAUCUUCCAGUGCAAUGUCAAGUACUGUAUCGGCAAAUGCGAACCAGUCCUCUGUGGCGUCGGCCGCGACAAUGUCGAGUCGUGGGGUCGCCGAAGACGAUCAGUUCAAUCGCCAUCGUCUUCUUCGUCAUCGUCAUCGGGUGGCACUCAGUUCGAGUCAGACGACGAGAUGACACUAAGCCAUGAGAUUCUAGUUCUAGAUUUUGGUGAUAAUGACAGUGCAGCCAAAGCCAAAUGGGAUCCGUUCACUUCCAAUGAAACUUAUUUCCGCGAAAGUGUAGCUCUGAUGGAUGGUUGCGCUUCAAAGACAUCAAUUGUGGCGCUCAGUAUCACCAGUGCGUUGCUUCUUGUGAUGUAUGUCUGCACUGUUGCCUAUUUUGCCGCCAAUAGGAGAUACACGACACAGACAGCUAACAAAAUGAUGAUACGUUAG